GUCAACGUCCAUGUCUUAAGUGUUAAAGAGGCUUGGGGAAGAAGAGGUGAUCAGUGUACCUCUCUAGGGGUAGAUUUGAGGAAGCCUAUACUUGCACUGGUUUGGGGAUAGAGAGAAGCUCUUGAUUACUUGACUGGGGACAGGAAGGGGGGGAGCAACAGGCAACAGUCUGUUGGGCCAAAUCAGGCAAUAUGCACUUGACAGCUAGGCCCACCAAGGCUGAUUAAAGAAGAUUCUUGCAAGAGUUUGGGCCAGGAUAGAAAGAUUGUUGGGACAGCUCUUGUGGGUCAAGUCAGAGUUUGGAGGGGCAUACGGGGAACACUUUGAUUUGCCUUUGGUGCCUUAAAAGAGAUGUUUCAUUUUGGUUUUCGAGGCCUUGCUAUGUUGUCCAGGCUGCUCUCAAACUCCUGGCUCAAAUGAUCCUCCUGCCUACUCUCCUGAGUAGUCAGGACUAUAGGCAUGUUGGGGGCACCUGGUUAAGAGGGAGCCCUUUAGGCCUUUCAUUGAUUGCCCUCUGCAAACCUAGUGGCCACCCUUGCAGACAGUGGCAGAAGGAAGGUGAAGUUGCUAGGAACAGAUUGCACCACCAAGAAGCUGAUGCGGUGCCCUCCAGGGACUCCCCUGUCCAAAGGGGAGGACAGGCUCUUUGCUGUCCUACCCCUUCUGCUUUCAGGACCUAGCCCUUUUCUCCAUAACCCUCCCUCAUUGAGGCCCUCAGGCCCCAGAGGUUCCAGCCAGGGGAGGGCCUAAGCCUGAGCAGGGCAGGCAGCUCUGGGGCUCAAACCGGUUUUCCUACCCUGCCUGGGACUGGCACAUCACCUCUAGGGUUCCCUCCCCACCCCUCACCACCCCUUUCCACCAAGUUCCUCUUCACCCCACCCUGGAAUGUUGGGUGGGGGCUAUCCAGGUUGUCUUUUGUCCUUUGCCUGCCUUGGGUGUGGUUCCUUCCAGAAAGGCAAGGCCACUAUGCAUCACUUUAAAACAAGAAGGUGGGGUGACUUCCGCUUUUGGCCUUCUGCACUUCUGACACUCCCCUCCAGGCUUUGAAGGCUUUGAAACAAAGUGACAACCAAAAGGACUUGGGAUUUUCCCUUGGCAUCACUCCCAUUCCUGUAUCUGGAGGAGGAGACCACGGAGCCAAAAUCAAGCCUAACCUACCCCCCGGGGUGUGCUCUGGAGUAAGAAGGAACAGUGGUCUUCUCCCCAAGUGUCCCUGGCCAACUCAGGUCCCUCACCUCAAGUAGCAACAGGCAAAUCACUUCCAGCUGUUUUCUGCCAACAAGAACACCUCUUGCUGGAAACUGAGAUGAUCUCAUUAAAAAUCACACUGCUAAUGCUAAUAGUGCCUUACAGUGUGCCAGGUUCUAAACACUUUGCAAAGCCCCUACAAGAUAGGAAUAAAACGCGGGCUGGGGAGAUAGCUCAGCUGGUAGAGUGCUUGCCUUGUGAGCAUAAGGCCCUGAGUUCGAUCCCCAGUACCACCAAAAAAAAAGAUAGGAAUAAAACCAUGACAAACAGGCCUAGAGAGGUUUGGUAAUGUACCCAAAGCCACACUUGUGUUAGAAGCAAACUUUCUCCCCAGGCUGACCCUAGAAGUACACCUUUACUGCUACUCUGUACCCAUUCAUUAAUGAGGGAUCCAUCUUCCUAACUCUUGUAGGGCUGUAUUAUUUUGAAAUGGAGCUGUUUACUAAAAUCAGUUGCUAAUCCAUGGUUGAAUAGCUCUUUGAAGAGAGAUGAGGAAUGCAGAUAGAUGUAGCUCUUGCUUCUGUACCUAUAACCAAAUCCCAUUACCCCCAAUUAUCAUACAAAUAUAGGUCUUUUGUAAAUAUUAACAUCUUUCCAUUUUGUAAGUUCUUUCCUACUACCCCAUUAGGACAAGUAGGUGAGAACUGUCCCCAUUUCACAAUGGAAGGAAAUACAGUGAUGGAAUUAAAUGACCUGCUCAAGGUACUGACCUUGAACUCUGGUUCUUUCCCUGGGAGUUUUGGUUACAUAUUAAAUGCCCCACUAGGACACUGGUGGGAUGAGGAAGUGACGAUGGCCCUUUGAGUAGAGAACUUUGGGAGGGAACCAGCAAGGAAGCACUCACACAGAAGCCAAUCGCACAGCUCAGAUGGGUAGCAGAUUAUUAACAAUGUACUCUCAAAUAGAACUGACUAUUAUUAUGGGGAUGCUUCCUUCAUUUAGGAUUACAGCCAAAGGGCACAGAAGAAGGCUCCCAGCCCUGGAGAUACUGCUGCAAGGGUUCUGGGAGCUACUCAGCUUUGGCAGAUCCCAGAGUGGGUCAGCAGGUGGCGUGGGUGUAGAGGUGAUACUUUUUUUGGAGCUGGAGCCUAGGAAAGGGUGAUGGUGGGGGGAGAACUACAACUCCCAGAAGCCCUUGCUCCCAGGCGAGGCGGCAAUGGUUGCCAUGGUUUCAGAAAACAAUAUGGCUGCUCCCAGAUGGGACAUGAGUCUUCGAGUUAGGGAGGUAGAGGCAGGUCUGGAAGCCCGCAGUGACGUUUGAGGGGUCGUGAGGUUGGGUCUGGACCCUGCACGAUUGGGACGGCUUGACCUUGCCGAGAGCCCCAAUGGCGAGCAGUGUGGAUGAGGAAGCCCUGCACCAGCUGUACCUGUGGGUAGACAACAUCCCUCUGUCCAGGCCCAAGAGAAAUCUCUCCCGGGACUUCAGUGAUGGAGUCCUGGUUGCAGAGGUCAUCAAAUUUUAUUUCCCAAAGAUGGUGGAGAUGCACAAUUAUGUACCUGCCAACUCUCUCCAGCAGAAACUCAGCAACUGGGGUCACCUGAACAGGAAGGUGCUGAAUAAGCUGAACUUUUCGGUACCAGACGAUGUGAUGCGCAAGAUCGCACAGUGUGCCCCUGGUGUGGUGGAGUUGGUGCUCAUCCCGCUGAAGCAGCGCCUGGAGGAGCGGCAGAAACGCAGAAAGCAGGGUGCCGGCUCCUUACAGGAGGAGCUUUCUUCCUAUCCUUUCUAUGGCUUGCAGAAUCGGAGGAGAAACAGAAUAGGGCUCCAGCAAUGUCACUCUCCAUUUGCCUUGUCCCAGAUUUGUCCCAGAAGGCCCGAGGGGAAGGUGCACCAGAACCCCAAGGGGGAGAGCAGCUCAGGGCGGGGCGGCUGCCAGCGUCCCGGCCUCCCGGGUAUAGCCAGGCGCUCCAGGGCGACCCAAGCUUCGUCCUCCAGAUCGCUGAAAAAGAGCAGGAGCUGUUGGCCUCGCAAGAGACGGUGCAGGUCCUGCAGAUGAAGGUGAGGCGCCUGGAGCAUCUGCUUCAGCUCAAGAACGUGCGCAUCGAGGACCUCUCCCGGAGGCUCCAGCAGGCGGAGCGCAAGCAGCGGUGAGCGGCGCCUGGCGCCGGGACGUCCCAGUACCGGUCAGAGCCCAGACGUCGCGACCCACCCACCCAACACCAGACGCAAGAUUGGGAGGGCGGAGCCAGCUGCUCGGCCCUGGUGCCUUUCUCCUAGGGGAUGGGAGUGAGAAUAGGGGCGUUAGGACCGGAGCCCUCGGAACCGAAGUCCACGACUGAGCCGCCUCCUUACACUCCACCCGGGCCAGGAGAAUGGAUCGCUUUCCAGAGCCCAGAAGCUACGUGCGGAGACCCAGCGUGCCCACCAAAGCAGUGCCCGUCACCUGGGGUCCUGCCUUGGAACCCCAGGCGCUGGGUCCUAGGAGGAGGUCCCUUGACUCAGUCCACACUCCCAGAGUCAGGUCACCGCCCAGCUCUAAGGAUAGUGAUGUCUUCAUACAGACUAGUUCUCCAUGCCCUCAGACACACGGGAAGUUGCCCCCGGAAACCGAGUGGCUCCCAAGCCCCUCCUGGGUGCUCACCUGGGACCCAUCUCGAGGCUGGCGACCGCAGCAGCUAGAAAGGAAGGUGUGAGGGGUGGGACCAGCCAGGAAUAGGGGACAAAUCCAUGGGUGCCUAUAGCAAUCUCCCUCCCAGCCCACUGGGUACUGUCGGGUGUGCCUGGGGUGUGUCUGUGACAGGGCAACCCUCAUUAAAGGUGGU